AUGGAAGAACGUAGGUGUCUCCAGAGGAAAUACAACAAAGCCCUGGUCAAAGCCAGGAAUGAGGGUUGGAAGAGGUUCAGCAGUGGAAUCGGGAGUCUCUCCGAGGCCUCUAGGCUAGCUUGUAAAAGGUGCAGUUGUACAGUUGCCAGAGAACAAGGUCUCCUGGUAUAUGGCUACGCUGACGACGUGGAUAUCAUCGCCAGGGGCAAGUUUCUCAAUGUGCUGAGAGAUAGACUAAAGUAUUCUCUGAGAACGCUGGAAGAAUGGUGUGGUGAGACAAAACUAUCAAUUAACCCUGAGAAGACGUCCACCAUGAUAUUCACCAGAAAAUACAAAGUUGUGACUCCUGAACCACUGAGGUUUGGGGGAGCGGAAAUUGCUUACGCUACCUCAGUAAGGUACCCAGGGAUUCAACUAGACCCGAAGCUCCAAUGGAAUGAGCAUAUAAAGUCACAGAUUGGCAAAACCUAUGCCUCUCUGUGGGCAUGCAGAAGAGCCAUGGGUAGAAAUUGGGGCUUCAGUCCUAAAAUCAGCAUGUGGCUGUACAAAAUGGUUCUGCUGCCGCGGCUCACGUAUGCCGCUCUGGUCUGGUGGCCCAGGGCGGAGAAGGUGGAGAUAAGGAACCGGCGAAAGGCCCUCCAGGGUAACUUCCUGAGGGCGGCACCCGAGGCCCUGAGAAUGACACCUAUCGACGCACUGGAAGUCGCUCUUGACCUACCACCACGUGAUCUUCUGGUGCACUGGUAUACAAACGGCUCGAGAUACAAAGACCGCCUCGAUGCGGGACUGUAUGAGGCGGCAGAACAAUACAAGAGCAGUUGGUCCCUAGGGGUCAUUGCCACAGUUUUUCAAGUAGAAGUUCUGGCUAUUAAAAAAUACGUAGAACUACUGGAGGAUCGGCAGACGAUGAACAAGUAUAUUUAUAUUUGGUCAGACAGUCAGGCCACCAUCAAAGUACUUAUGAAACCCAGUGCUGACUCAAAGUUAGUCUGGGAGACCAUGGAAGUGCGGGAAAGGCUCGGAAGACACAACAGGGUGACUCUGGCGUGGGUCCCAGGACACAAGGACAUUCAUGGCAAUGAGGUGGCGGAUGGACUGGCGAAGCAAGGAUCACUUAGUGAAACCGAAGCGGAACCAGUCGGAGUCCCCGUAGCCAUGGGCAACAGAGCCAUCAGAGACAAACUCCGACGGGAGCAGACCAACCGCUGGAGAAAUACAAAGGCUUGCAGGAAAGCCAGAGUAAUAAUGACUCAUUGA